AUGUCUGAUAAUAAUCAUCUGUGUCUGCUGGGACUGAUCUUUCUCUCUUCACUUCUCACAGGUGUCAGUGGAGUGAAUAAGACUCAUGUGUUCAUCAGUUCUGGUGAAGAUGUCCGUCUGCCCUGUAAUAAUGCUCUUCAUGACUGUACAUCAACUACAUGGCUCUAUAACAGAUUCAGUCAUUCAGAAGCAGUUGAACUGAUUGGUUUAGGGAUAAAGAAGAGAGACAUAGAGAGACAUGAGAGACUGAGUCUGGGGUCUGACUGCUCUCUGAACAUCAGGAACAUCUCAACAGAAAAUCAUGGAUCUUACAUCUGUCAACAAUGGACUGGUGUGAAUGGAAAACACCAAAAACAAGGACCUGAUGCUGGUGUUUAUCUGCAUGUUCUUCAUGUCUCAUCCUCACACACUGAGAUCAGUGCAGGUCUCUCUGUGACUCUCUUCUGUCGGCUGUAUUCAUAUCCUCGAGUCUCUUGUGGUGAUCCGGGUCGUUCUGAGAGAAUUCAUCUGUUCUGGGUGAAUCAGGCUGGUGUUAAAUCAGACUCCAGAUAUCAGAUAUCAUCCUCAUCAGAUCCCUGUAUCAUCUCUCUGAAUAAAACACUCCUGAAUGAAGAUCACAACAGAGAGUGGAGAUGUGAAGUUACUCACAGAGAUCAAGUCAAGACCUCAGUCACAUACACUGUCAAGAGUUCAGUCUCUUUGUUUUCUCUUGAUUCUGUUCAUCUGUCCAUCUUUCCUGCAGUGAUUGUGAUUAUUGUUGAGUUUGUGGUGUUUGCUGCUCCUACUGUGAUUCUUCUUCAGAUCAUCUGUGCAAGAAGAGCUGAGAGGAAGGACUCGCAGCAGCCAGAGGAAAUAGUGCUGAAUAUGAUGUCAGAAUAAAAUGCUUUACAAAUAACCAAUUACAGCAAGAUUUAUCUUCAUGCCAGUGAUAUUAUGGAUAAUUGCAUACAGUUUAUGUCGAUAUUUUCCAUACUGUAUUGAUUGUUUUAAAUAUAAUUUUAAAUACAGCGAUCAACAA